AUGGAUUCCUCCGACGGAGCCUCCGCGCACGGAGGCGCGGCUCGGCAGGGCAGGCGCGGGCGCCCGGAAGAUGACGUGUACGGUGGUUCCCCGCUCGACGCCGAAGGCGGAAUCCCGGGGCGCUCGAGGCACUCGUCGCACGAGGAAGGUUGUGCCGCCAUGAGGGGGCAGCCCGGAGCGCGCAUCGCGCGCGGCGCCCAGGACAGCGCGCCCGGCACCGUAUCCGAGGUGCCCCGCCAGGCCCUGCGGCCGGAAAAGGCGCGCCGCGGGUGCAGCCACUGCGGCCAGCCGGGCCACUACACCAACACUUGCAAGCUGCGGCAGCAACAGACCCUCGUCGAGCUCGAGGCGGCCCACCAGCAGCGCGCGCGCCGUCGGACGAUCAAGAACGGCGGCGACGCUCAGGAAGGCGGCGCGGACCGCCCCGAGCUCCCGGGCCACACGAGCACCUCCUACGCAGCCCGGGGCCGCACGGCGCGGCGCGGCGCGCGCGGCGGGCACGGCGGGCACCGCGCUUCGUCAGUGAGCGACCCGGGCCGCGCGUCGCACGUCACGCCGCGCGGCCGCUCCGCCUCCCUGGGCCAACUGGUGUGGGGCGAGGGGCCUGCUUCGCCCGCCGCAGCCCGCCACGGCGCGCUCGCGCACCAUCCGCCCGUCCCGGCCUUCCACGAGAACGUCACCUACGCGCCGCCGCCACCGGCGGCGCCGCCGCAGGCCGGCCCCGCUUACAGCGCGGAGGAGAUGCAGUGCACGGCGACGCUGGCGCACAUGCUGGCGCAGACGGAGCAGCACAGGCCGCAGCGGCCCGUCCAGCCCGCGCCGCCCAGCACCACCCUCGCGGGCUCGCUGGCACACGCCUUGGCGGAGCACCAGCACCAGCAGCAGCUGCACCAGCAGCAGCGCGCGAUCUCCGCUCAGCACUCGGAGCGCGUCGCGCAACUCCUGUCCGUGCUGAUGCGGAUGCAGCAGGCCGAGGAGCAGCAGCGGCAGGCGCAGGCGUUCGCGCUUGGCCAGCGAGCUGCAGAGCAGGCGCACGCGCAGCUGACGAUCCAGGCUGCGCUCGAGAUGGCCAUGCUGGGCGCGUCGGGCGGCGGCGGCGGCGGCGGCGGCGGCGGCGGCGGCGGCGGCGGCGGCGCGCAGUCGUGCAUGGCGUGCAGCGCGGGUGUGGACCGCGCCGGGGCGUACGACAUCGCCACGUGCGGGUCGUGCGGGCAGGGGAUGUGCCUGGGCUGCCGCGCGGUGCGCUGCAACAACCAGUGCCUCGCCGCGGGGGACGAGGGCGCCCAGGGCGCGUGGAACUGCCCGCAGUGCAGGGCGCUCGCCACCGAGAGCGUCCACCUGCAGCGCCGGUGGCCUGCGUCGGCCCCCCUGGUGAUGCAGCUGGUGUCGCAGGCCGGCGUGACGCAGCCCGACAUCUUCGAGGAGGGCACCGUCGGGAGGGACAUGUCGCGCGAGCGCCCCGUCACGCACAUGCUCCAGCAGGUCGUCGACGCGAACCGGCGCCCCCCCGCCCCCGCCUUCGUCGCGCCAGCCAACUACCACUCCUGGCAGCACGCGGCGUCGAACGGGUUCGCGGAGACCAACUACGACAGCAGCUCCGGCAUGUCGGAGGACGAGAUGUCGCCGCGGGGCGCGGAGGUGCACGCAGCACACCACGCCUGGGACGGCCUUCAAAUGCAGAUGCAGAUGCAGCCGCGCCGCGACCUGCCCGGAGCGCUGGGCUCCAUCCUGGAGGGCGGGGCGGGGCCGGGCGUGGACGCGGCUUGCGAGAAGGCGCGCACGCCGGAAACCCCCCUGAGCGAGCCCCGGCGGACCACCAAGAUGCCCACGGAGAGCCCCUGA